AUGCCGAGCAGCAAAACCAAAUCGUCUUCAUGGCUUAUACUAGCCGUCGCGAGUGGCGCAUGCGCAGCCUUCAAUGGCGUGUUCGCGAAGCUCGUCAUAAACACGUCUGCCAACUUCAUGAUCACCGCCAUCCUGGGCUUGGCCAUAUUUUCUGAAUCGCUACCGGCCCUGUGGUGGUUAGGCGCGGCGUUGUUGGUAGCUGGAAGCGUGAUAAUUGGCAGAAGAGAAGAGGGAGAGAAGAAGGAGACGGAGGGCAUUGCAGGCUUGGACCCCCUGCUAAACGCUGAAGGGGAGACAUUUCGAGACGAGGAGCAGGAAAGGGAGGAUGUCGAACUUGAUAGUGUUAAGGACGGAGACAAGAGUAGCGAUGAUGAUGAUGGAGUCUUGAAGCUCAAUCUGCGCGCUGCGCCAUUCAUCCCCGGAGCUGCUUCACACCCACCCAACCCCGUGUCGCCCUCCAAGUCGGACUUCAGCUCUGCAUCGACCGUCCUCCAGGCUACCCCGCCCUCCCAUUGGCACCACUUCGCUCCCCGCGUCCCCGUCGCAGGCCCGCAUGGUGCUGGCAUCCUCGGACACCCUGGCCAACAGGGCCAACCAUAUUACGAGCCCACCCAGGCUGGCCCUUCCCUGGGUGAUGCGGAACGUGCUGCUGCUUUCGCGCAGUACUGCGCAACCUACUUUCUGGACCCGGGACAGCCGGUGUACGCAACGGCCACAGACCACCUUGCACAUCAUGGUAGCUGGAACAACGGCUUCUUCGGCGCCGCCAAGGGCAAGAAAAAGAAGGGCAAGAAGGGCAAGGGCAGAGAAGCUGCAUGGUGA